AUGGACGAGUACGGCACAAAUCUGCUUCAGCAGGUGACUGAACGAGCCCGUGAGCAGAGAGCGACACGAGAUGCAGCACUGGGGAACAAACUCCACAAACUGCCUAAUCCAACGUCAUCCAGAGGCGGCACGCUGGUACACAACCUGUCGUCAAAGGAACUGACGAGGGAGCAAGUGCAGGUUUUACGGCACGAAGCCUCAUUCAACACAGCUGACGCCAAACCUCUCAACAUCACUGUAGCAGUGGAAUCGGUCAUUAAUCAGACGGAAGCGGCUGAGGAGACGAAGAACCUUAUCCGACACCAAGUGUCGUCCCUCCUUAUGACUCACAAGCCGCGCGAAACACUCACAAAGGUCGAACGCCAUGCACUAAGAGAACUCAAGGCCGACAAGAACAUCGUCAUUGUGCCCGCGGACAAGGGGCGUCCCACCGUCGUACUGGACAGAACAGACUACCUUCAGAAGGCCAAAAACCUACUGGAGGAUCGCCAGUUCUAUGUCCCAUGUGAAACCAACCCCAUAAAAACGCUGACACGCGAAAUUAAUGUGACACUGUUAGCAAUGGUGAACUCCGGUGCAAUAACACAGACCGACCGACGCAUGGCGAGAGCCCAAGAGACGGCCUGGGCCCGAUUCUAUGGUCUCCCCAAGGUGCACAAGGAGGGCGCUCCUCUCUGGCCCAUUGUAUCGCUCAAAGGCACUCCAACGUACGGACUGGCAAAAUGGCUGUUUCGGCACCUCAAAUUUCUGACCGCUGAUUCGGUCACCAUCGUCUGUUCGCCAACACAAUACCUGGAGAACCUUAAAGGAGUAAGUCUCUUGCCAAAUGAGGUCACGGUAUCUUUUGAUGUCACGUCCCUCCUUACUUCUAUCACCCGAGGAUCUGGCAAUCAAAACCGUUGAACUACUCCUACGAAGCAAAUACAAUGAAAUGGAGAAUCGUCUCGGACAUGCCCAAGUCCUUCAGCUCCUAAAGUUUUGUCUCAGGACGUACAUCAAGUUUGACGGAACAAUCUGCGAGCAGGUGAAGGGAACACCAAUAGGCUCGCCCAUUUUGGAAUUCAUCGCCGAGGUUGUCCUACAGCGGUUAGAGUCGCUGGUCUUUCAACACCACAGACCGAAAUUCUGGGCUCGGUCUGUGGACGAUACCUUUGUCGUCAUCGAAUGGGAUCAGGUGCUAACGUUCAAAGGACGUCUCAGCAGCGUCUUUCCGAACAAAAAGCUUACGAUGAAGGAGGAAGAAAAUAACCAGCUGGCAUUCCUUGAUAUCCUCGUCUGUCGCAAAGAUUGUGGUGGUCUAAAGACCAAAGUGUUCAGGAAAGCGACGAAAACAACGCAAAUACUGAACUUCAACAGCAACCGCCCAAUCAGCCACAAAGGCAGUUGCGUAAGAACGCUAUAUCGGCGUUUUGAGACGCGCUGCAGUGAACCGGAAGACAAGGUUGCCGAAUCCCAAUAUCUUCGACGGGUUUUCAGAGAAAACGGUUACCCGCGCAACUUCGUCAACCGGUGCGUGCGCAAACAGGACGAGCGACAAAAUCGUACCGACCCCAAAUUCUGGCGUGCGAUUCCGUACAUCAAGAACGUCUCCGAGGCCGUUAGUUGCCUUCUUGCACCACUUGGGAUUGGAGUUGUACACAGACCCCAGGCGUCAGGUGUUGAGACCAAAAGACCCACUGCCACGGCAAGAAACAUCUGGAGUCGUUUACCGGAUCUGGUGCAGUUGCGGACAAAGCAACUACGUCGGAGAAACUGGAAGACUGCUCCGGACGCGAAUUGCCGAACACGUGGCAGCUGUACGGAGAAAUGA